ACUGCGAACGCGGAUGUUGGCUGGGUCUGAGCAGCCAGUCACCGCGCUGAAAUGUAGGGCGAUUUGAAUUCUACGCCCAAAAAGCUUCAAAGGAAGCACGAAACACAAAGUUGACAGUCCCUGGUGUCAUUUAUGACCAUAGCCCGGUCAGCUAAAGCCCAGUAACCCCUUUAGAAACAGCUGCUAGAGACAGACUGCACUGUGUGAGAGAGCGUGUCGGAACCUGAGUUCAUGGGCUGCGGAACCUGCUUGCUGUCUGCGUGGAUGAGUGGAAGGAUAUAAGACGGAGGUGUGACAGCUGAAAUGAUGGAGUCUGGGCGGCGGAGAGGUGUGAGCAGCCUGGUGUCCUCUCUGUCUCUGCUCUGUGUGGUCCUGGACCUCCAGCUGGACGGUGUCUUGGGUGCCUCCCCAGUGGAGAUAGAGCAGCAUCUGGAAAUGGGCCGCAAGCUGCUUGCAGCGGGACAGCUGGCCGAGGCACUGUCCCAUUAUCACUCUGCUGUUGAGGGUGAUUCGAAGAACUACCUGACUUACUACAAGCGAGCAGCAGUGUUUCUGGCCAUGGGGAAGUCCAAAUCUGCCCUGCCUGAUCUGACCCGAGCCAUCCAGCUGAAACCGGACUUUCUGGCUGCCCGGAUACAGAGAGGAAAUAUUCUCCUGAAGCAGGGAAACACACAGGAGGCCAGAGAGGACUUUGAGGCAGUUCUGCAGCGCUCCCCAGACCAGGAGGAGGCACGUAAUCAGCUCCACAAAGCUGAAGAGUUGGAGGAGCUUCAGGAGGAGGCACACAAGGCCCAUCAUCGUGGAGACUACACAAGCACCAUCCAGGUGCUGGACCAUGUUAUAGAGCUCUCCCCUUGGGAUCCAGAGUCUCGAGAGAUGAGGGCUGAAUGUUACAUUCGUCUCGGAGAGCCUAGAAAGGCCAUAUUAGAUCUAACGCCUGCAGCUCGGCUCAGGACGGACAAUCGAGCUGCCUUUUUAAAGCUUAGUCGUCUGCUCUACGACCUGGGAGAACACCGUGACUCACUCAGUGAGAUCCGGGAGUGUUUGAAGCUGGAUCAGGACGAUAAGGAGUGUUUUGCCCACUACAAGCAGGUGAAGAAGCUCAGCAAACAGAUGGACUCUGCUGAGGAGCUGAUUUCAGAACAGCGAUAUCAAGAAGCAAUAGACAAGUAUGAGUCUGUUAUGAAAACGGAGCCAAAAAUUACAUUCUACACCACCAAAGCAAAGGAAAGGAUCUGCUUCUCUCUAGUGAAGAUUAAGGAGGCAGAGAAGGCUUUAGACACAUGUUCAGAGGCUCAUCAGAGAGACCCUCAGAAUAUCCACAUCCUCCGAGACAGAGCCGAGGCCUACAUCCUACUUCAGGACUACGAGAAAGCUGUGGAGGACUAUCAGGAGGCGCGGGAGUUCGACCAGGAAAACCAGGAGAUUAGAGAAGGUCUAGACCGUGCACAGAAGCUCUUGAAGCUCUCGCGCAAGAGGGACUACUAUAAAAUCCUGGGAGUGAGUCGGAGCGCUAACAAACAGGAAAUUAUAAAAGCAUACAGGAAACUGGCACAACAGUGGCAUCCAGACAACUUCCAGUCGGAAUCGGAAAAGAAGGAGGCAGAGAAGAGGUUUAUCGACAUUGCCUCUGCUAAGGAGGUGCUUACAGAUCCAGAAAUGCGUCAGAAAUUUGACUCAGGUGAGGAUCCCCUAGACCCUGAGAACCAGCAAGGAGGAGGAGGAGGUGGAGGAGAGUGGCCUUUUGGCUUCAAUCCCUUUCAGGGAGGAAACUUCCACUUCAAGUUCCAGUACAACUAAUAUGACUACGCAUCUGGAUGCUGUGGAAAUGAUUUGAAAAUAUGGACAGUGGAUUGGACUUGUUAAAAAAGUCCACAAAUAAAUGCUCAGAAAAAGAAUGCAUUUAUUCUUUAAUCUGAGUUACAGUUGGUUCAUUUCAAAGGGUUAGUUAUGAGCCAGUUCAAACUUGAAUGGGGAGGCUGUUUUGGACUCCUUAAUGAGUCAGUGGGAGAACUGUUUGCUUGAUGCCAUUCAGUAAAUGGCUGAGAUGAAUGAAGUUAUAUUUAGUUUGGAGUAUUUUUCGAAGCUGGCAUUAGCUUUUGAGCUUUGUCACCUGACCUUCUCUCUGUGGGAUUUUUAGUUCUGUUUGCAUUUAUGUCACAUCUUUCAGUCUUUUACCUACAUCCAAAUCCUGCUACAUUUCAGUGCAAAAUGCCUUACCAUUUGGGUUUUACAUGAUUUAAUGAUUAAUAGACUUUCCUUGUAGUAUAUAUAAAACAAUGUUUUUGUGACCAAAGUGUCACAAAUAUUGGCCUUUUCAACAUUCAAUUUAAAUAGUCUUUAAAGGGUUAAACCAGUGUUGCACAUUUUUACACUUUUAAACAUUUUGCACUUUUAUUAGUUGGCAUAGUUCAUGUUUCUUUUUUAAACUUUUUUGGUUUCUAUUUCUUUUCAGUGACCAGUUUCAGUUAAAAACAUUAGGACUGGCUAGUAGUGUUACUGAAUGAGCAGACAACCUAAAAGUCUGAUUCUUACCAUCUAUCUGAAACUGGGGUGGCAGUUUUACUGUUCUUUCCAAACAGGCAACAGAGUCUUUAAUCAUAGCCUUGCCACAAGCUUACACAAAGUCUUCCAUUGAACGGUCCCAUUAUAUUUGUGCUUUAAAGAUACUGUAUCUUCUGCAAGGACAUUUUUAACACUCCAGGCUGUUCCAAACUACAUAGGAUGAAAACUAAACAUAUCACACACAAAAUGGGUGAAACAUUUGUCACAUAUGGGAUUUGUUUCAUACAAGGUUGCCAUGAUGUGAAGCUACGUAGCUGGAUGGUCUUCUCCUGUUGCCUGGCCUGUCAAUGCUUAUAUCAAUGUGCCAAUGCAUCUCCCCCAUUGAUUUAAAUGGUUUAAAGACCUGGGUUUUCCAAGUGGUAUUUAUGCCUGCGAUUAGGUUGUUUUGUGCUUUCUUAGGACAAACGUGUUGGUUUGGAACUGCUUUUCAGAUGGAUUAUUUAAAAUAAGAGAAUGUUCAGAAAAUC